UACAUAAAGACAUAUAAAUAUAUAAAUACAAGUAUAUAUAAACACAUGUAUAUGUAAAAUAGACAAAGAUUACAGAUAAACCAGGAAGAUUGCAAAGAAUUUAGAGAUGUAUUUGUCAAGAUUCCUGUCCAUUCAUGCCCUUUGGGUUACAGUGUCUUCGGUGAUGCAGCCCUACCCUUUGGUGUGGGGACAUUAUGAUGUGUGUAAGACUCAGAUAUACACAGAAGAAGGCAAAGUUUGGGAUUACAUGGCCUGUCAACCAGAAUCCACGGACAUGACAAAAUACCUAAAAGUGAAACUGGAUCCUCCGGAUAUUACCUGUGGAGACCCUCCUGAGUCCUUCUGUGCAAUGGGCAACCCCUACAUGUGCAAUAAUGAGUGCGAUGCAAGCACCCCCGAGUUGGCACACCCCCCUGAGCUGAUGUUUGACUUUGAAGGAAGACACCCCUCCACAUUUUGGCAAUCUGCUACUUGGAAGGAAUACCCCAAGCCUCUCCAAGUUAACAUCACUCUGUCUUGGAGUAAAACCAUUGAGCUCACAGACAACAUAGUUAUUACCUUUGAAUCGGGGCGUCCAGACCAAAUGAUCCUGGAGAAAUCUCUCGACUAUGGACGAACAUGGCAACCCUAUCAGUACUAUGCCACAGACUGCUUGGACGCUUUUCACAUGGACCCAAAAUCUGUGAAGGAUUUAUCACAACACACCGUCUUGGAAAUCAUUUGCACAGAAGAGUACUCCACGGGGUACACGACGAAUAGCAAAAUAAUCCACUUUGAAAUCAAAGACAGGUUCGCAUUUUUUGCUGGACCUCGGCUACGGAAUAUGGCUUCCCUCUACGGACAGCUGGAUACCACCAAGAAACUCAGAGAUUUCUUCACAGUCACAGACCUGAGGAUAAGGCUGCUGAGACCAGCCGUUGGGGAAAUAUUUGUAGAUGAGCUACACCUGGCACGAUACUUUUACGCCAUCUCAGACAUAAAGGUGCGAGGAAGGUGCAAGUGUAAUCUCCAUGCCACUGUGUGUGUGUAUGACAACAGCAAACUGACAUGUGAAUGUGAGCACAACACUACAGGUCCAGACUGUGGGAAAUGCAAGAAGAAUUAUCAGGGCCGACCUUGGAGUCCAGGCUCGUAUCUCCCCAUCCCCAAAGGCACUGCAAAUACCUGUAUUCCCAGUAUUUCCAGUAUUGGUAACUGCGAAUGCUUCGGCCACUCCAAUCGGUGCAGUUAUAUCGAUCUGCUAAAUACAGUCAUUUGCGUGAGCUGUAAACACAACACUAGAGGGCAGCACUGUGAGUUAUGCAGGCUGGGCUACUUCAGAAAUGCUUCUGCACAGCUGGACGAUGAGAAUGUGUGCAUAGAGUGUUAUUGUAACCCUUUGGGCUCAAUCCAUGAUCGUUGUAAUGGCUCAGGAUUUUGUGAGUGUAAGACUGGAACGACAGGGCCUAAGUGUGAUGAGUGUCUGCCGGGAAAUUCCUGGCACUACGGCUGUCAACCGAAUGUCUGCGACAACGAGCUCCUGCACUGCCAGAACGGGGGGACGUGCCACAACAACGUGCGCUGCCUGUGCCCGGCCGCAUACACUGGCAUCCUCUGCGAGAAGCUGCGGUGCGAGGAGGCAGGUAGCUGCAGCUCCGACUCCAGCCAGGGGGCGCCCCCGCAGGGCUCCCCAGCACUGCUGCUGCUGCUGCUGCUGCUGCUGACCGCGCUGCUGGGGACAGCCAACCCCCUGCUGUUCUAGAUAUCGCAUCCAGCCAUUGGACAGGCCUGUGCCCUGGGGAAGCAAACAAGACCCAAGCAUUUGCUACUAACAUAGGAAACAUAAACACACCCCACUCCAACAAACGUACAAACUAAGAAGGCCUAACUGAACUAAGCCAUAUUUCUCAGACGUGGACAGCACAUCGGAGUCAAGACUGUUAAUUUCUGACUCCAGAGGAGUUGGCAGCUGUUGAUAUUAUCACUGCAAAUCACAUCGCCAGCUGCAAAGCUUAUUGCGGAUUGGAAAGGCUGUGACAGCCCCCCAACAGGAAAGACAAACAACCAACCAACCUGGAAACAUUUGCUACUCUAACGUGGUGCGCCCUCGUACCGCUCUGCCCAGUGUGUGGACCAACCAAAUAGAAGCAUUCUUUGCUGUCAGGUGCAUUGUGGGUAUAAGGAAAUCUGUUACAAGCUGCCAUAUUGGCCUGCUUCAGUCCCUGAAUCCCUUCCAACCUGUGCUUUAGUGAACGUUGCUCUGUAACCCUUGUUGGUUGAAAGAUUUCUUUGUCUGAUGUUAGUGACGCACAUGUGUAACAGCCCCCUCCAGAAGCGCAAGCCAGUCAUACCCCUGUAUAUCUUAGCAGCACUGAGUCACCCAGUGCGAGCUCAUACCCACUACACGAGAGUGGCUAUAGGAGAAAAGAAAGUGUAUCUAUCCUUUUGUAUUCAAAUGAAGUUAUUUUUCUUGAAAUACUGUAAUAUGUAGAUUUUUUGUAUUAUUGCCAAUUUGUGUUACCAGACAAUCUGUUAAUGUAUCUAAUUCGAAUCAGCAAAGACUGACAUUUUAUUUUGUCCUCCUUCGUUCUGUUUUGUUUCAUUGUGCAGAGAUUUCUCUGUAAGGGCAACGAACGUGCUGGCAUCAAAGAAUAUCCGUUUACAUAUAUAACAAGUGUAAUAAGAUUCCACCAAAGGACAUUCUAAAUGUUUUCUUGUUGCUUUAACACUGGAAGAUUUAAAGAAUAAAAAUUCCUGCAUAAACAAUUUCAGGAAUUUGUAUUUCGAUUUCUUAAGAUGAAAGGAACAGCCACCAAGCAGUUUCACACUCAUUUUACUGAUUCUGUGUGGACUGAGCACAUUCAACUGAUGAAUUUAGUACCCAGGAAGAUGGAUUGAUGUUCACUAGCCUGGACAACUUCUGCAAAAUAUGAGACUAUUUCCUCUUUGGAAAAAAUUAUAGCAGCAAAAAAAAUAAGUAAAUAAAUAAUUAAAUAUAAAAGAAAAGAAAGAAAGAAAUAUCUAAAUGAUUGCCAAGAUUAUGCCAAAGCCUGUUGGCAGAGUACUGAGAGACUUUUAUUUUUGAGUCAUGCUAUUUUCAGACUGAUGGUGAUCAUGUGACUCUAGGGAUGUUGAUCUAUGUAUCUUUCCAAAUACAGUGUUUACAUGGAGUAUCAUAAGAGGCCACCUGGGGAACCAGGACAGUAGCAGGGAAAUUGAGUGAUUAGCAAUUUGACUUUGAAUAUAUUCAGACUAAGUAUUUAAAUGAAAUAUCAAAAUAUACAGCAGCAAGUAGACAUAACUGCUGUUUCUGAGAAUAAAGUUUGUUUUAAGUACCGCCCAAGGUGUAAUAAAUUCUUGUUUCUGCCUUUUAUUAGGCCAAUUACUGUACAAAACAGCAAGUGGAGGCGGGUGGGGAAGAACCACUGCAAGGGUUUGAAGAGGCUCAAACAGUGCAUAUUCCAUUCCUGGCACACUGUUGUCCUACAGGUUACAGAUGUGUUAGCAGCAGCAUCUCCUGGAAUCAAAAACAAUUAUCAGCCCAAGCCUGAGUCUUGAGGACAAUGAAGUCCUACAUGACUUGGUAGAGCAAUAACCUACAACGGCGUUAGGUCAGAAGCCUAGUUCCAGUCUCGAUUCUUCACUCUGCUGCCACUCCUUGCGAAACAGGGGGAACGUUUUCUGAUAAAUAACCUGAGUCAAAACUAGAUGAAGGAACAGCAUGUCUUAUUGGUUUUGUUCCCAGAAAAGCCAAUUCAAAGAAGGCAAUAAAAGGUAAACAGGUAAUGCCUGUCCUGCCUGCCACCCCACGUCUAAGUCUAUUGAACGUUUGUUAUUCAAACCAACAGUCUCUUUUGAUGGAAGAAAUAAGAAAAGAUGGAAAUAAAUUAGAGCUUUGGCUUAGUGCCAGAGUGGCCAACCAGAAAUUGGAGAUUUACAUUAGAAGCAUAAACAGAAAAUUAUAUUUCAGGCUCACCAAAGAAUACACAUGAAAAUUCUACUAGCAUACAGAGUUUGAGAUUACUUAUAAUGAGGUGGAUUUCUAAUAUUAAAAUUGGAAUUUAAGUUGUAUUAUACUUUAUUAGCACAAACCAAAGGCAGACUGUGUUAUUUCUGGCAACGAUGCACUUUAUCAUUAUCCACUGAUGGCUUUGUCACAAUGCUCAGGAAUCAGACACUGCACAAUUCAAUACGUGGGAUUCCAAAAGCUAAUUCUAAAAUUUAAUGAAGGCCUGAUUUAAAUCAAAUUCAUCUGCAUUUAUCUUUAUGAGAGUAUAAGAAUCUAAAUUGAUGAGGAAUAUCUUGUGUUCAGUGUAUUUAGAUGUAGAUUUCUGAAUAUCCUGAAGUGAUGUGAUCUACUUUUAAUAAAAUUUCACUUUUAGGUAUAUAACAAAUGGAAAUGAAAUGUUCUUUUUAAUCUGGAUUCUCAAGUUCUUUUGAAAGGCCUGUUCCUUUGAAGAAAGCCCAACUUAGUGGAUUUUACUUAUCUACUGCUUUCUAGCAUCCUUUCAAAUCUGUUUUCAUCUACAAUAUU